AUGGGUCGAGAGGUAAAUCAGAAUUGUUCAUUAGAAUAUUUUCCACCAUCUAUUGAUAGCAAAGGUCAAUUAUAUGCUACUAUUCCAAGAUCUGAAAUUCUUCUUAAUGUUGACAAAUGGAAUAAUACAUUAAUUGGUUAUGUUCUUGGUGAUAAACCUUUCUAUUCCCAUUUAAAAGGUUGUGUUGGUCGGCUAUGGAAACUAAAAUGUUCUCUUGAGAUAUAUUCUAGAGAAAAUGGCUUCUUCUUCUUUAAAUUUGGAUGCAAGGAAGAGUUAAACAGAGUUUUGAAUGGUGGGCCUUGGUUAUUUGACGGAAGGUUAAUUAUCUUGAAAAAAUGGUCUGAAAACAUUGGAUUAGAAAGAGAGCUCCUUAACUCAGUUCCAGUUUGGAUUAGACUACCAUCUUUACAUCUCAAGCUUUGGUCUAAUAAUAUUAUUGGUCGUAUUGCUAGCCUUGUGGGUAAUCCUCUUUAUAUAGAUAAAGCAACAGCAUCGAGUGAAAGGUUAGCCUAUGCUAGAUGUUUUGUGGAAAUUUCCUCUAAAGCUAAGCUACCAAAUUCUAUAAGGAUGGAUUUAGGGAAUGGAGAUUGGUUGGAAACUGCCGUUGAGUAUGAAUGGAUUCCACCUAAAUGUGAUAAAUGUCAAAAUUUUGGUCAUGUUGAAUAUCAGUGUCCAGUUGUUAUAGUUGAGAAGUGGGUGCCUAAAACAACAUCAAAUGAAACUGGGUUUGGAGAAUCUAUGAUUGUUGACAAUUCAUACAACAAUGAUAUUUUAAUUAAAGAUAAUGAAGGACUAAUAAAUGAAGAUGUUGUUAGUAAUAAGAACCAGAUAAAUGUUGAAGCUACAACUACUGAAAGAAUAAUGCAUGCUGCUGAUACCAUAAAUGAUGUUCAUUUGGAUUCUGAGGUUUUCUCUGAUCAUGAGUUGGUGUAUCAUAAUGCUGAAGGCCAGGUUAAAAAGGAUAAAUUAAAUGCCCAGGAGAAAUCUAUGAAAGAUAAGUCUGCUUACACUGAUAAAACAGAUACCUCGGAUACAGAGCUGUUACAGAAAUCAGAUACAUUGAACAAUGUUGCUGCUAACAGAUACAAUUAUGAUCCUAUACAUGAAUCUCACCAAUCUGUCACAGCAGGUAUUAUAGAAGAUACAUCAGGCUCCUCUGACCUUGCUGUUACAGUUGUUCCUAUAACUGAGAAUAAAUCAGAGCAGGCUAAACAUAAAACAGGUUUUUUUGAUUCUUUGCAAUCUGGUGGGGGUAAUUCAAAUGAGAAAGGUUUAUAUUUUCCUAUUGCUAUUGAUAAUCCUGAAUGGUUAACUGAAAAAGAUCAGCUGCUUAUGAAGAAGAAAAGUCAGGUCAAAGUGAAUAAAGACUCCUCAGGUCCAAAGAGGGUUACAAGGUCCUCAUCAGCUAAUAUCUUAUGA